AUGCAGCCCAUUCGAGAUUUGAAGCCAAAUUUCAGUGUCCCCCCACCAACUUCUUCCAUGACGGGGGGUCCGGAUGCCUAUCACCAAAGCAACGUCCGAAUGACACUGGAAGAUCCCGAGCUCUGGAAGUCCUUCCAUGAGAUCGGAACGGAGAUGAUCAUUACCAAGCCGGGCAGGAGGAUGUUCCCCCACUGCAAGAUCAGCCUCACUGGACUGCUGCCCUACGCCAAGUACAUAAUGUUGGUCGAUAUGUUUCCUGUCGAUUCCUUCAGAUAUAAGUGGAACAAGGACAAGUGGGAGGUGGCUGGGAAGGCUGAGCCGCAGCCACCGUGCCGGACCUAUGUCCACCCAGACUCACCGGCGCCUGGCAGCCAUUGGAUGAAGCAACCUGUGUCCUUCCUGAAGCUCAAGCUGACCAACAAUACACUAGACCAGCAUGGCCAUAUCAUCCUUCAUUCCAUGCACAGAUAUCACCCACGUUUCCACAUCGUCCAGGCCGAUGACCUCUUCAGCGUCCGCUGGAGUGUCUUCCAGACCUUCACUUUCACCGAAACAACCUUCACGGCUGUCACAGCCUACCAGAACACCAAAAUAACCAAACUGAAGAUAGACCACAAUCCUUUUGCCAAAGGUUUCAGAGAUGAAGGCACCAACACAAAAAGGCGCGCACACAGGAGUCACUCUUACACAGAGAGGCCUGCCAAAAAACCAAAUACGGUGAACAAGGAUUCAGAACACGGCUCUCCAGAUUUUCGUGGCUCGCCAUACGAAGCCUUUGAGGAGGAUCGGCACCGUCCCUCAGAGCUGACCAAGAGUAAAGACGGCACCACAGUGAAAGAGGAGCGCUACUCUCCCUGGGGGGCUGAGCAGGAUACCCAGUUAGGUCUGCGCACCGAAUCUCCAGUCGGCACCGAUGCCCGAGACGUCUAUGGCACGGAACAACUAGUGCCCGCAGUGGCGUCCUACCAGCCAUACAGGGUCCAUGGUUAUGGGAGGUCGUCCUCAUCUUCCUCCAGUGUCGGCAGUAUCACGGGCCGCCCUGGGUAUGAGUCCCGGGUUCCCGACGUGGAUGAAGCACCCAAGGCUCACCCCAGCCUGGACAUGGGAUCCGCCCUCAGUACCUCACAGCUCCCUACCAGCUCUCCCCAGGACUACACUGGUGCCCUUAACGUGGCUGUGACCCCGACAGGGAAGCCAGCAAUGCUGGGCCACACCUUGUACACCCCUUAUGGUGCUGAGCAGGCGCUUGGCCAGUGGGGUGGCCCCACCCCUGGGCAGUACCCUGCUCCAACCGCCCACCACCUCCCUGCAGAGUACAGUGCCCCUGCCAUGCACCAUGGCUAUCACCACGGCAACAUAGCUGACUGGAGCCAAUACCCACUCUUCUCCUACUCGUGCUGGUGA